CGAUUAGCGUAGAUCUGUGUCACCUUGACUCGGAAUUCGUUCCUAUAUCCAUGACACCAACUAUUGCAACUCUAGAGUACUCGUCUAACGCUCCUCAACCUCUCAUCUACCCGCGCUUGUCUUCACAUCACUUGCUAUCUUCAAAUGAACCCGAUUACCUUCGUCUUAUUCUCACUGCUAAAGUAUAUGAGAUCUUGAAGGAAACACCCCUGGUCUAUGCUCCAAACCUUAGUGCAAAGCUAGGCAAUCAAAUAUGGCUCAAACGAGAGGAUCUACAAGAGGUCUUCAGCUUCAAGAUUCGAGGUGCCUAUAACUUUAUGGCAGGACUAUCUGAAGAAGAACGCUGGAAGGGUGUUGUAACAUGCAGCGCUGGCAAUCAUGCGCAAGGAGUAGCUCUUUCUGGCGAACGUCUCGGGAUACCCUGUACCAUUGUCAUGCCAAAGGGUACUCCAUCCAUCAAAGUUCGUAAUGUCGAACGUCUCGGUGCAAAGGUCGUACUCCACGGUGUCGACUUUGACGAAGCCAAGGCAGAAUGUGCGAGAUUAGCUGCCACCCAUGGACUGAUUUUUGUUCCUCCAUACGACGACCCGCUCGUAAUCGCAGGCCAGGGUACCGUCGGCAUGGAAAUAUUAAAACAAAUACCAGACUCCGAAAAUCUUGAUGCCAUUUUCGGUGCGGUUGGCGGUGGCGGUCUUGUCUCUGGAAUUUGUGAAUAUGUUAAACGCAUAGGCAACCCAAACACAAAAGUGUUUGGUGUCGAGACCUUUGAUGGGGAUGCCAUGGCACAGAGUUUGAAAAGCGGGGCGAGAGUGACUUUAGCCGAGGUCGGUCCCUUUGCAGACGGCACAGCAGUAAGAAUCGUUGGCGAGGAGCCAUUCAGGAUAUGCCAGCGACUCUUGGAUGAAGUGGUCUUAGUUGACAACGACGAAAUAUGUGCUGCUAUCAAAGAUAUCUUCGAAGAAACUAGGUCUGUCACUGAGCCCUCCGGAGCCUUGAGUCUAGCAGGCCUAAAGCGACACAUCAUAAAUAAAAAUCUCGUCGGCGCGAAUCGAAAAUUCGUUGCCGUUGUCAGUGGAGCCAACAUGAACUUUGACCGGCUGCGUUUCGUUGCAGAGCGUGCAGAAUUGGGCGAGGGACGCGAAGCACUUCUGAGUGUGGUGGUACCAGAGAAGCCUGGAAGCUUCUUUGCGCUGCACUCCAUCAUCCACCCGCGAGCAACAACAGAGUUCAUAUACCGUUUUAACGAUCCGAAAACCGCACAUAUAUUUCUUUCAUUCAAACUAGAUACCUCAUCUCGCAAAAAAGAAGUGGAGAUGGUGCUUGAAGAAAUCAAAAAUCAAGGGAUGACUGGAUUCGAUAUCAGUGAUGAUGAAGUCGCCAAAUCUCACGCGCGGUACAUGAUAGGUGGAUGCACAUCAGUCACAAAUGAAAGGGUGUUCCGGUUCGAAUUUCCUGAGCGACCAGGUGCCUUGCGCAAGUUCCUUCAGGGCAUCUACCCUGGUCUAGGCUGGAAUAUAUCACUAUUCCACUACCGCAAUCAUGGUGCAGAUCUGGGCAAAGUUCUAACGGCCAUCCAAGUUCCUCGAGAAGACUACGCGGCAUUUGACGAAUUUUUGAGCCACUUGGGAUAUCACUAUGUGGAGGAAACUGACAACGAAGUGUACAAGCGGUGUCUUGGAGGACAGCUUACUCUGAAUGGAUCAACAUAGAAUCAAUGCCGGGGUUGAGCAUGAGUGCGUCGGUAAACAUAGAUUUAUGUUGGUAUUAAUUAUAAACCCAACGAAGACUUGAAGAAGGCGUACCCCUCUCUGUGCCUUCGCAAGUACAAACAGGCGAAAAUAUGAGCCGUACUGUCGGAGAGUCUACUACUCCAGAUCUCACUUGAUAAUUUUUUUAGGG